AUGAUCACCAGAGCUAAAUCUGGACAUCUAAAGCCUCGGCAAAUCCUUGAUCUGAAUCAUGAGCUAGUGCCGGCUGCUCCUACUAGUUUUACUCAAGAUAUUCAGUACCCUGCCUGGCGAGAUGCUAUGAGCAAAGAAUUUCAAGCUCUUCAAACUCAAGGCACAUGGAUACUAGUUCCGUCAACAUCUGCUACAAAUGUGUUGGGAUGCAAAUGGCUAUUCAAAACUAAAUAUCACUCGAAUGGUACCAUAGCUCGCUACAAAGCCAGACUUGUUGCUCAAGGCUUCAAGCAGGAAUAUGGCUUGGAUUAUAUUGAAACAUUUAGCCCCGUUGCUAAAUUUCCAACCAUUCGAAUAUUUUUAACCGUUGCUGUCACAAAUCAUUGGCCUCUUUACCAACUCGAUGUCUCGAAUGCCUUCUUACAUGGACCUCUUCUUGAGACUGUCUACAUGAAGCAACCCCCUGGUUUUGUGGACAAACAAUUUCCAACUCAUCACAGUACCGUCCGACUUUAUAUUAUCGUCUAUGUGGACGAUAUCCUGGUAACUGGCAAUUCAGUAGCUGCACUGGAUAAACUCUUGUUAGCCUUGCACUCUCAGUUUUCCAUGCGAAAUCUAGGCAAGCCACAUCAGUUCUUGGGGCUGCAGGUAUCCGAAAUACCAAAUGGAAUUCAUCUCACUCAAUCGCACUAUGCAGCCAGCAUACUUCACAAAGCAGCUAUGGAUGAUUGCAAACCUGUGCUAACAUCGUUACCUACCACUUUCACCAAGGUAUCCUCUCCGGAUCCUCCUUAUGAUCGGCCAGAGCACUACAGACAGCUCACGGGGGCAUUGCAAUACUUAACACUCACACGUCCAGAUCUCUCAUUUGCAGUAAAUUUUCUCUGUCAGCAUAUGCACUGUCCUCUUCAAUCCCAUUACUUACUGCUUAAAUGCGUUUUACGCUACAUUCAAGGUACCCUGUCACUUGGCUUACCUAUCACUGCUUCAACUCUCAUUCUACAAGGCUUUGCUGAUUCCGAUUGGGCCACUGACCCUAUCAACCGCCGAUCAAUAUCUGGUUACUGUGCAUUUCUUGGCUCCAAUCUUAUCUCAUGGCAAGUUAAAAAGCAAACCUCUGUAGCCCGCUCAUCUACUGAAGCAGAGUAUAGGGCGCUUUCAACUGCUGCUUGUGACAUUAUUUGGAUUCGUCGCCUUCUCUCUGAAUUUCAGUUGUCACAAACUCAACCCACACCUCUUUACUGUGAUAAUUAA